UCUCAUAUAUUUUAGAACAUCUUAAAGUUACUCUUUGUAGAACGUUUGUAAUGUUAAAAGAGAAAAAGAUUCCAAUAAUUUUGAACGACAGCUGUUACUGAAUUGGCACACCGCUGGAUCAUGGGCUCAGGAUUGGGAAAUGUAAACACAUUGGACUCGUAAGAUCGACGAGCAUUAGUUAAGAAUUAUAAAGCGAAAAUGACGCUUUCUUCAUGGUGAUUGCUGUCAAGAAAUAAAAAAAAGCUUUGAAAAUGAGCCAUGAAUUCUACGACAGCGCUAAUAAUAAGCAGUUUGCUGGCUGUGACCACCGCUAUUCCUACAAGAUGUAUUCAUAAAAKACCUAUACCAUCAUGUACCCAUAUUGUGGCGUAUCUAGGAUCUUCAGUAAAACUAAACUGCUCCUCGCUCCUCAAUCCGCGAUCCAAUGAUUCWGAUUUUCSYGACAUYACGUGGUACAAGUAUGGCCGACCGUUGAGUGACGUAACAUUUAGGCCAAUGGAAGCUGUCYUGAARAGUGGCAAUCACAUUCUCUGGCUUAGUGAAAUUUUACAUGCCGACGCAGGGAUUUAUGUUUGUGYGMGAAACAUUGGCGGAAGGAGACAMGARAARGCUUUCAGCUUGUCUAUUAGAGAAUCUAAAACACGAUUACCUCCAUUGAUUAUAAACAAAACACACAAGUACAAAUCUACCAAAGUAGGCCAAAACGUUGUGCUCAAAUGUCAAGCGAGAAGUGGCAUCACCCCAUAUUUUCAAUGGUUUUAUAAAAAGAAGGGUAACUURACUUACUACACGGUUAAAUUUGACGACGAUGUCUUGAAAAAGCCAAAGCUUGUUUCUGCAUUGCCAGACAGCAAUCGAGYUAACGGCACAAGAAUACAUGAAGAUUCUUUAUGGAUAUAUAAUGUGACGCUUCAGGAUAGUGGACUAUAUAUAUGUUUAGUAUUUACCAAGCAUGGAAAGGAUUUUCAUGCUAUACGUCUUUCUGUGGUACCAGAACCACUAGAAUCUUCCACUGACCUUGAAGUGCAACACAUUCCAAAACUGGAUGAUGGGAACUCACUCAACUCGAAAAUCCCAUUGAUCAUUCUUAUUGCCCUGCCGGCAGGGCUAUUUAUUUUAUCAUGCACAGCGGUAAUACGAUCACUGGAGCAAUCAAGACAGGCACGACUGGCCAAGAAAAAUGCUGCCAAUGCAUCCAGUGAAUCAAAGGAUGAAAACAGUAAUCAAAUGCCUUCUAUUGGAAUACAUMUACAGGAAAAUUAUGAUUAUUGUAAUCAUAUUGAGAAUAGGACUAGUGGGCAUCAUAUUGAUCAUUUGAAUGAGGAAGCUACGUCAGAAGUUGAUUCAAGCUCGUCGCAUUCGGAAAAUGAGGUUGACGAGUCGUCUUGUAGUCCACUUGACGUCCUUUCAAAUAUUUCAAGACAGAGYUCUUGYCACCUAACUAGUACUGAGGCUCCGAUAACUUCAUCUCCUCCACCUGAGCUGAGCUCGUCUAGUGUUGGACUUGAUCUUGAAUGGGAGGGGCUGGAUCUAGUUUUACCUGACGGUUCUGAAUUGGUUCAAAUGUCAAAAGAAGUCGAUGUUUGACAAAGGGGGAUCCAUUUGUACCAGAAAUCUUUCUUAUCUGUAUUUAUAACUAUAAAACUAGACGCAUASCUGCGUGAACUCGGGGUUCUUGUUGAUAAAAAUCUAGUAUUGAAUCCGCAAUAUUAAUAUUCAGCGUAAAUUAUUAUAUGUGAUAGGUUUAACAUUCGUACCCAGUGCAUUCUCGUUAGCCCGAGGACAAUUUGUGACCGAAAGACGACCAACGACGAAAAAGAAAACCGAAACUUAAACUCGGGAUUCCUUUGAACCCCGAGUAAUUAUCUAAAUAAUSUCAUUAGUUUUUGCAGAGAUUACCUUUUUUUUCUUAUCCUCUUUGGUUACAAUUGUUUAAGGCUAAAUGGAGGUGAAACCAAGAUACAAGAGAAAAGUUGGAAGAUUUUUUUGGGAUUCUUUACUUCUAUACAAAUGAUGAAGAUUGGGGAAAUCAUAAAGUUAAUUCGUUGUUUGUCAGAUGAGGAAAGCAAUUAAGUUUUAUAUCAAAUAUGAAUUUUAUAAACAUCCGGGAAGAGACAUAUGCGUAAAAGGAAAUGUAAAAUAAAUCAAAGUUAACAUAAAAUGAUGUUACUAUUUUCGACUAACAACGGGGUCCGGUAGACUACGAGUUGAUAGUCCACGAUGAGGGUGCACUGCGGAAUUGUCACUGGAAAAAAUCGCGCGCUUCAAAGGUUGUAAA